CAAAAGACACGACAUUCGAGUUGUGAAUAAUGUUUUAUUUUUUAUAAUAUUUUCGAUUUAGCGCUGCAAAAUUGUGACUUACAAAUUAUUUCUAUUACUGCGACUAAUUCUAUAGCAAAAUCCACUAAGUACUACACACCAAAAUGGCUUUAACAGCGGCAAAUUUAAUCAACGAAAACAGGUUUCACAGUGAAGAUAGCACAUUCAAUUUCUUUCUUUAUUUGCCGUUUGGCUUGGUGCUGAUGGGACUGAGGAUAAUUUUGGCAUUGUUUCUCUGGAUUGCUUCAAUUGUAUUGCCUAAUAAAUCUGCAGUCAAGCAACUGUUGUCGACGCUCGCUUGUUGGACAUUCGGAGUAUAUGUGAAGGUCAUUGGAAAGAGAGAUCCUCGGAGCAGCAUCAUCAUUGCCAACUAUGUGUCCUGUCUGGACUCCCUUGCUGCGGCUCAAUCGAUCCACACAAUAAGUUUGCGGAAAUGGAAGCUGCCACCAUUUUUUGCUUCAACUUUGGGAAUAAAGAGUGCUGCUCAAUUUGUGAAAAAAGAACAUUUCACCGAGCACCCCAGUAAGCAGGUGCUGCUGCAGCCAGAAGGCGGUCCCACUAACGGCAAGGGCCUACUACAGUUCACCGACUGGUGCUUCCCCAUUGGCAAUAAAGUGCAGCCAGUUGCUAUCUCCGUCGAGCGUCCCUUCACAAACGUGACGGUUCACCGCAAGGACGACUCGUUCCCCUGGCGGGAUGCUCUCUGGUAUCUGAUAUCGCCGUACACCGUGUACACUCUGCGCGUGCUCCCCACCCUCGAGCGACAGGAGUCGGAGCAGGCCUUCACCGAGAGGACUAGACGGGCUAUUGCGGAUGCACUCAGGGUGGAGCUAACAUCAAUAUCAUGGGAGGACCUGCGUCGUCCGCGCCGCACGCGCGCCGCGCCGCUCGCCCGCGACGCACAGUACGUCAAAGAGGUGCUCCCGCUUGUACCCAUGGCGGAUAUAUUGAGGGAUUUGGCGGUGACUCGCAGUGUGGACGUCACGAUCACAAACUUCCUCGAAGGGCAGACGCCCUACACCCCAGAGGCGACGGAGCCCCAACCGGGGCCCUCGUCGGCGCCUUCGCCCCCGCGCUACGUGACUCCGGCGCCCCAGGGCGUCUUCCCCAAAUCCGCCCGCGACAGGCAACUGAGCUUCCAAGAGAGAAAGGCCCAAAUGAUUGCAGAAGCGAGACAGAAGUAUAUCGAGAAGCACGGCCUCAACUUAGCGCUGAAUUGCUGAAGCGGACACGAUCAGGCCAGGACCGUGUUGUAUCUGUUAGUGCAUUGACUAGUGUAGUGGUGGAAACUGGCCUGGUGAG